AUGUGCCGCCGGAGCAGCUCCCUUAUUGACUUUGCUCGUGUUCCUACAAGUUGUAAGAACAUGCUAAGGGUCAGGAGCAGGGAGAAGAGAAAGUUAAUGACCGCUAGGUUUAUUAUUAGUGUUAUUAGGCGAGUGCGAGAACCUGCCUUCGGGGAAGUGAACCAGCUCGGGGGGGUGUUUGUCAACGGGAGACCACUGCCCAAUGCCAUCAGACUGCGAAUAGUGGAACUGGCGCAACUGGGUAUCAGACCGUGUGACAUCAGCCGGCAGCUCCGCGUUUCCCACGGCUGUGUCAGCAAAAUCCUGGCUCGCUACAACGAGACCGGCUCCAUCCUACCGGGGGCUAUCGGAGGCAGCAAGCCUCGGGUCACCACCCCUACGGUGGUAAAACAUAUCCGGACCUACAAACAAAGGGAUCCGGGCAUCUUCGCCUGGGAGAUCCGGGAUCGCCUGCUGGCUGAUGGGGUGUGUGACAAGUACAACGUGCCAUCGGUCAGUUCCAUCAGCCGCAUUCUCCGGAACAAAAUCGGGAACCUCUCUCAGCAGAGUCACUACGAGGCCUACAAACAGCACCAGCCUCCCCCCCAGCCUGCUCUGCCCUACAACCACAUCUACUCCUAUCCCAACCCCAUCGCUGCUGCAGGAGCCAAGGUGCCCACCCCUCCCGUGGUGCCAGCCAUCCCUAGCACCAUGGCCAUGCCCAGAACGUGGCCGUCCUCCCACUCGGUGACGGACAUCCUGGGGAUCCGCUCCAUAACAGAUCAAGCAGUGAGCGACACUUCGCCUUACCCCAGCCCCAAGGUGGAGGAAUGGAGCAGCCUAGGCCGAAACAGCUUCCCCGCCCCGGCGCAGCACGCUGUGAACGGGCUAGAGAAGAACUCCCUGGAGCAGGAGUCCAAGUACAGCCAGGUGAUCUGGAUGGCACCCCAUUCGAACCCCAUUUGUGAGACCUGCCUCUUACUGGCCACCUGCUUCCACGGCCAAAACACAGUGCCCUGCCCACCAACCCACAUGGCUUCAGGGCACUCCACCUGGAUGAAACUAAUAAAGAAAGUCAGAGAGGCACCCAAUGGCCUCCCGGCCGUCAGCAGCUUUGUGUCAGCACCAGCCAUGCCUCCGUACGCCACACCUGCCCAAGUGUCACCUUACAUGACGUACAGCGCUGCCCCAUCUGGCUACAUGGCGAGUCACGGCUGGCAGCACGCUGGAGGCACCCCGCUGUCCCCUCACAGCUGCGACAUCCCUGCCUCACUGGCGUUCAAGGGCAUGCAGACAGCCAAGGAAAGCAGCCACUCGGUCAUGGCAUCUGCUCUCUGA